AUGGCUGCGACUGCUGCCGUCAGCCCCAGUGAAUACCUGCAGCCGGCCUUCCUGGCUCCCCAGGACUCCCAGCCAUCUCCUUUAGCUCUCCUCGCAGCGACAUGUAGCAAAAUCGGUCCCCCCGCUGUGGAAGCUGCCGUGACUCCUCCUGCCCCUCCUCAGCCAACACCUCGCAAACUCGUCCCCAUCAAACCUGCUCCACUUCCUCUGGGCUCUGGUAAGAACAGCUUUGGGAUCCUGUCGUCGAAAGGGAACCUCUUCCAGAUCCAGGGCUCUCAGGUCGGCACCUCCUACCCGGGGGGGCAGCUGGUUUUUGCCAUUCAGAACCCAACGGUCAUCAACAAGGGGACCCGCUCCUCCGCCAACAUCCAGUACCAGGCUGUGCCCCAAAUCCAGGCCACGGGGGGACAAACCAUCCAAGUCCAGCCCAAUCUCACCAACCAGAUCCAGAUUAUUCCAGGCACGAAUCAAGCGAUCCUCACCCCUUCCUCUUCCUCUCACAAACCUGUACCUAUCAAACCUGCUCCGGCGCAGAAGGGUGGAGCUUCACCGGUGCAGGGCACAAGCAACGUGGUCAAGUUAGCCGGCGGCAGCAACGAACUGCCUGUGAACAACCUGGUGAACGCCGCUGAGCCAGGUGCACAGGCUCAGAUCCUUGCAGAGAGCCCCUCGAAGCCCAGCAAAAAGACUCGAAAGAAAGCCAUGUCACCCGCCCAGCCCGCCGCCGUGGCCGUGGCCGAGCAGGUGGAGACGGUGUUAAUAGAGACCACGGCGGAGAACAUCAUCCAGGCGGGCAACAACCUGCUCAUAGUGCAGAGCCCGGGCUCCGGCCAGCCGGCCGUCGUGCAGCAGGUACAGGUGGUGCAGCCCAAGCAGGAGUCGCAGGUGGUGCAGAUCCCACAGCAGGCCCUGCGUGUGGUCCAGGCCGCCUCUGCCACGCUCCCCACCGUCCCCCAGAAAUCCUCCCAGAACUUCCAGAUCCAGACGACGGAAGCCACUCCUACCCAGGUCUACUUCAAAACGCCAUCAGGUGAGCUGCAGACAGUGCUGCUCCAAGAAGCCCCAGCCAUGACAGUGGCUCCAUCUGGGACCUCUUGCAGCAGCCCCGUGUCCCGCAACUCCGGUACGGGUGGCAGCAGCAAGAAACCAGCCACGCGGAAGGAACGCACUCUGCCAAAGAUUGCCCCUGCCGGAGGCAUCAUCAGCUUAAAUGCAGCUCAGCUGGCAGCCGCGGCGCAGGCCAUGCAGACCAUCAACAUCAACGGCGUGCAAGUCCAGGGCGUGCCUGUCACCAUCACCAACACCGGAG